GAGGUGAAGCUUUAAACUUCAGACUUGGAGGUGGGCUGUGUGCAGUAAACUGGAAUGCUCUCCCUGGCUCACUCAGCGCAGGGGUGAUGUGAAGCAGGGCAAGCUUAGGCUGCAGCUGCCGUUGGCUUUGUGUGGACUGAACGCUGUGUUUGGGAGACGAGGGAGGAUUAUUACUCCAAUUCACAGUCAAUUGGAAUUACAGCUACAGCAGACGUGUACAUAAGAUUGCUAUUUCUCAUCUUCCUGGAGAUGCUCAAUACCAGUAUAUUUUAAGGAAGAAAACUAUAAAGAAAAUUUAGUAUGCUUCUUUUUCUUUCCAUGAAGAAUAUAUGAAUUGUUUUCUUACCUCUUAAAAGAGAAUACAUGUUCUUGUAUAACGUGACUGCACCAGAAAUUCUGAGAAAACAGCAAGAAGCAAAAGCUGAAAAUAGCUAUUUCACAGCAGGGCUCUGAAGUAACAGAAAAUCUUUGUGUAAAGACCUCAACAUUGCUGACCAUGAUCAGCCCAGCCUGGAGCCUCUUCCUCAUUGGGACUAAAAUUGGGCUGUUUCUUCAAGUGGCACCUCUAUCAGUCAUGGCUAAAUCCUGUCCAUCUGUGUGCCGCUGUGAUGCGGGUUUCAUUUACUGCAAUGAUCGUUUUCUGACAUCCAUUCCAACAGGAAUACCAGAGGAUGCUACAACUCUCUACCUUCAGAACAACCAAAUAAAUAAUGCUGGGAUUCCUUCAGAUUUGAAAAACUUGCUGAAAGUAGAAAGAAUAUACCUAUACCACAACAGUUUAGAUGAAUUUCCUACCAACCUCCCAAAGUAUGUAAAAGAGUUACAUUUGCAAGAAAAUAACAUAAGAACCAUCACUUAUGAUUCUCUUUCAAAAAUUCCAUAUCUGGAAGAACUGCAUUUAGAUGAUAACUCUGUCUCUGCUGUUAGCAUUGAAGAGGGUGCAUUCCGAGACAGUAACUAUCUCCGACUGCUUUUCCUAUCCCGCAAUCACCUUAGCACAAUUCCCUGGGGUUUGCCCAGGACUAUAGAGGAACUACGCUUGGAUGAUAACCGCAUAUCCACUAUUUCAUCACCAUCUCUUCAAGGUCUCACUAGCCUAAAACGUCUGGUGUUGGAUGGAAAUCUGUUGAACAACCAUGGUUUAGGUGACAAAGUUUUCUUCAACCUAGUUAACUUAACAGAACUGUCACUGGUACGGAAUUCCUUGACUGCUGCACCAGUAAACCUUCCAGGCACAAACCUACGGAGGCUUUACCUUCAAGAUAACCACAUCAACCGGGUGCCCCCAAAUGCUUUUUCUUACCUAAGGCAGCUGUACCGACUUGAUAUGUCCAACAAUAACCUAAGUAAUUUACCUCAGGGUAUCUUUGAUGAUUUGGACAAUAUAACCCAAUUGAUUCUUCGCAACAAUCCCUGGUAUUGUGGGUGCAAGAUGAAAUGGGUACGCGACUGGUUACAGUCACUACCUGUGAAGGUCAAUGUGCGUGGGCUCAUGUGCCAAGCUCCCGAGAAAGUUCGUGGAAUGGCUAUCAAGGACCUCAAUGCAGAACUGUUUGAUUGUAAAGACAGUGGGAUUGUAAGCACGAUUCAGAUAACCACUGCAAUACCCAACACAGUGUAUCCUGCUCAAGGACAGUGGCCAGCUCCAGUGACCAAACAACCGGAUAUUAAGAACCCCAAGCUCACUAAGGAUCAGCGAACUACAGGGAGUCCCUCAAGAAAAACUAUUAUAAUUACUGUGAAAUCUGUCACCUCUGACACAAUUCAUAUCUCCUGGAAACUUGCUCUACCUAUGACUGCUUUAAGACUCAGCUGGCUUAAGCUGGGCCAUAGCCCAGCAUUUGGAUCUAUAACAGAAACAAUCGUAACAGGAGAACGCAGUGAAUACUUGGUAACAGCCCUGGAGCCUGACUCACCCUAUAGAGUAUGCAUGGUUCCCAUGGAAACCAGUAACCUCUACUUAUUUGAUGAAACUCCUGUUUGUAUUGAGACUGAAACUGCACCCCUUCGAAUGUACAAUCCUACAACCACACUCAAUAGAGAGCAAGAGAAAGAACCUUACAAAAACCCCAAUUUACCUUUGGCUGCCAUCAUUGGUGGGGCUGUGGCCCUGGUGACAAUUGCCCUUCUUGCUCUAGUAUGUUGGUAUGUUCAUAGAAAUGGGUCACUCUUCUCAAGGAACUGUGCUUACAGCAAAGGGAGGAGAAGAAAGGAUGACUAUGCAGAAGCUGGCACUAAGAAAGACAACUCUAUCCUGGAAAUCAGGGAGACUUCUUUUCAGAUGUUACCAAUAAGCAAUGAACCCAUUUCAAAGGAGGAGUUUGUAAUACACACCAUAUUUCCUCCUAAUGGAAUGAAUCUGUACAAAAACAAUCACAGUGAAAGCAGUAGUAACCGAAGCUAUAGAGACAGUGGUAUUCCAGACUCAGAUCACUCACACUCAUGAUGCUGCAGGACCUGCAGCAGACUGUGCUUCAGGGUUUUUAAAACCUAAAGGAGAUGAUGGUAGGAACCCUGUUCUACUGCAAAACACUGGAAAAAAAAUAAGACUGAGAAAGCAAUGUACUGUACAUUUGCCAUAUAAUUUAUAUUUAAGAACUUUUUAUUAAAAGUUUCAAAUUUCAGGUUACUGCUGCGAUUGAAGUAGUGGAGAUGCCUGAACACAAUACUAUAUUUUAGUAUUUUUUAGUAAUUUGUACUGUAUUUUCCUUGCAAAUAUUGAAGUUAUAAACCAUUUACUUUGUGUUCUACUGAGUAAGAUGACUUGUUGACUGUGAAAGUGAAUUUUCUUGCUGUGUUGAACAAUCAGGACUGCAUUCACAUGAGAUCCUUGUAGUAUAAGCACAGGCCAUUUUUCAUUUUGGUAUUAAUAAAAUGUAAAAAUAAAAACUGGCUGAAUGAGAAAAAUUAAAUCUCAAAAUAGUUAUGAAAUACUGUUUCAAUUAUUAAAUUUGUAUUAUCCCAGUGGUAGUCAAUAAAUCAAAAUAUGUGAAGUAAUGGGCAAUAUCAAACUUGCUGCAUAUCUCCAUUUUUACUCUAGGCAAAUUAAGUAUCCUUAAGUUAAGCAUAUCUUCUAACUGAAUAUAUCAACUGGCAUAAAAACAAUGUGAAGUCUGCUGUUACAGUCAUUGUCAACAAAGCUUUAAGAAUAAAGGACUUCACAAAAACAAUAAUAUAAAUGUGCUUCUAAGUUAGGGGGGGAAAUCUAUACUUAAAAGAAAUGAAAACUUAGACUUAUAUAGUGCAAUAAACACAAAUACUAGAAUUGCAUUUUGAUUUUGCCUGUACCAUCCUAAUUUUUGAAAAUUGAAUUCUAAACAAAAAUUGUUAGGGUUUAUGAUGUUUUUAUCAUAACAGAUGUCAAAGAAAAAUUUUAUGCAUAUUAAAAAGAUAGCAUAACCAUAAGUGAUUCCCCUCAGCAAUCCAGAGAAAGUAGAACUUUAAAUAAGGGAGAAUUUAAAAGAAAAAUAAACACUAGAAAUCAAAUUUAGAUCUGGUCUAUGUGAAAUGUUUUAACACUGUACAUAAAUGUCCAAUUUACUUUCACAAUGAUCAAGAAUACUGCCCAUUACUGUCACAGUUUUCCAGAUAUUACAUAAUAAACUUGUAAUGUAACAUUUCUUUCUAGCUUCCUACUGAAUUGUGAGCUAUUACUUGUUUAAAAAACCAUAUCAUUUUUUGUUGCCAUGAUUUUUUUUCAAUGAAAAACCAAAGUGCAUUGUACGCCCUUUGGCCAGUCUUGUAUGUGCCUUGAUCCAACGCUACAUGUAUUCAGCUUUUAAAACUCGACAAAUUUUUCAUACUUACUUAAAUAUGAAAAAUUAUGGUCUUAUCGCUGAAUAAAACUUAAGAAAAAAGUACAGAAUAAUUGUGCUUGCUUUUGGGAUUAUGUUACUAUCACUAAAGUAGCAAAUUGGCCAGCACAUUAGUCCUAAACACCCCAUGUAUUUUUCUAGGCAUAAAAAUAAAAGUUGGCUACAAAUAAAAAAAUA